CCAAAUGUCCAAGUGAUUACAUUUAGGAGAUCGACAUGGAGAAACGUAGCCCCCAAAAAAGGAAGAGCAGUAAUCCCUUUUGCAUCCCCCGGUUCAGAGGCAAUAAGAACAAACGUACGUUGCCAAUGACCCUCCUUGAACGCCUCCGAGAAGCCGCUUUCGGCCUUAUCAUGUUGUCUGCCCUCUCCAAGGCCUCAAAUGACGGCGGAUCAUCACCUGAUCUGCGACCGCGAAAGUACUACUACCCUGCUCAUGAUCAAGCUUACCAGAGUGAGGCUGUAGCCGACUGCAUCGAGUUCAUCAAGAAGAAGUCGUUGAGGGAGGAGAAUCGUGACUCCACCGCCAGUACUAGUGACUCCACCGCCAGUACUAGUAGCUCCACCAUUGACGCCGCAGAGGUUGUCCGUUCCAGUUGGAGCUAGAUGAAAUAGUCAUGAUUUAGUUUUUCUAUGUGAAUUGUACAUUUAAAUUAUAUGUUUUGGUUUUGUAAUGCGAUAGUUAUAAGUUUUUUUUUUUGUAAGGUUCAUUUUAAGAUUCGAAUCCCGUUAUUUGAAUUGUAAUCUGUAAAAAAAAUUAUAUCAAAGAGGUCCAUAAAUGAUUUAUAGGUGU